UUUUUUGGUUCUCAAAAUGUCCGCCAUUCGCAACAUGAAUGAGUUCUACAAACGCCUGGACGCGUCGGACCGUAAGUUGGUCGUACUUGACUUUUAUGCCACUUGGUGCGGCCCGUGCCAGGAAAUGGACAGCGUGGUAAAAUCGCUGGCCCGUAAAUAUGGCAGCCGGGUGGACAUCAUGAAAAUAAAUGUGGAUCGAUUCGAGGAGCUAAUGGAUAUGUACAAUGUGCGCAGCAUGCCAACAUUUGUGUUCAUCAAGAAUAAUCGCAAGAUGAGCCGCAUGACUGGCGCCGACGAACAUAAGCUGAAGCAAAUGAUUUACAAACUCUGCGACUAAAGUGCGAGAAGGAGAGUGAGAGGGACAGAGAGGGCGAGCGGUGAACGACGCAGGCGUCGCCAUUUUGUCUAGAAAGCUAGAGCUGCGCAAUCUCUUUAUUAUAUGUAUGCAUGUAUAUGUAAGAUGUAACUUUGUAAUACGUGAUUUGUAAUUGUCAGCCAUUUUUAUGUGAUUUUGCAUGCUCGAACAUAACCUCAAAUACGGACUUGAUAUAAUUUUAAUACAGAUGUAAUAGCUUUUUAAGGUUAAGCACGACUGAAUGUUCAAUAAAUCAAGCUAAAUGUGAUUUAGUCAUAACCAGAUCGCA